GUGAUGGAUCCGAGAGCUAAACAACCUACGAUACUUCAACUGUACUACCGAAUUAUGGACUAAAUGAAACUUUAACAUUUAUACUUCAAAUGCAGAAGACUUAGUGACAAACGAUAAGAUAGAAGUAUGUUACUUCCGUCUGACGUUGCCAGACUUGUCCUGGGCUACCUGCAGCAAGAGGGGCUCACUGCCACAAGUCGAGCUUUCAUCUUUGAAAGUCCAAACCUGAAAGAGUAUGCUGAGCACAGUUCAGAGGAUGGGGUCAUCCCAGCCUGUGUGUUUUCUCUUUUUGGAAAAAACCUGAUCACGAUUUUAAAUGAGUAUGUUGCUGUUAAAGCAAAAGAAACAAGUCAAGAAAAUCAAAUACCAGUAAUGAUGACGUCAUUAUGGAAAAAGCUUGAAUUCACGCUUAACCAGAUCAAGUCUAUGCAAAAUUCUCCUUCCGUGCAGCAGAAUCAACGAUUACGGACUUUGAAUAGCAUUCAAAGCAUAAGACUACAGCAGAGACCCUUGUCAGCAUUGCAGUCUCCCAUGUCUGGGAAUCUGCCAGUGACUCCAGCAGGCCAGUGUGUCCCCAGUACUGUGUCAACUCCUCAAGGCAUGCUGGGACAUUCCACCCCAGUGUCUUACACUACUCAGCAUACCAGGCCCUCCACUCUCUGCUUUACUCAGCCAGGAGAGUCACCAUUGCAGAUAUUGGUCCCUGAUCAAAGACUGAAUCCAGGACCUUUGUCUCCUGCCCGCAGAAAAUGUGACUCACCAAGGCGGAGGGGAGGAGGUCAGUUGGGUGCUAGUGGGACCAGCAGAAGUUCGGUAGUGUCCAGCACUCUCAUUGUGGAAACUCAGAGUGAUGAGACGGUGGCUGAGAACUUGUCUCAAAUAGUCAUAGAAAAUGCCAGAGAAAAAAUUCUGAAUGAUAGAUCCUUACAAGAAAAACUUGCUGAAAACAUCAACAAAAUCUUGGCAAGUGAUACUAGUCCCCAGACAUCAAAAGCUGCCUGCAGUACUGUGGAACAAGAACAAUCAAUAGAUGAAAUUCUGGGCCUCCAGGGGGAAAUUCAUAUGACAGAUUAUGCCAUCCAAGACAUACUGGCACAGACGGAAUCAGACCCGGCAUUUCAGGCACUCUUUGACCUCUUUGAUUAUGGGAAAAAUAAGAUGCCUGAGGGCAGUGAACAGGCUGAUGGGAGUUUCUGCUCUAAUGCACAGGAGGGUGACCAUGUUGAUGGUGCCUCUGAGACAGGCACUGGACAUGAGGAUUCCACAUCAGGGGGAGAAGUUAGUACAAGGAAAUUAAGGAGUCAAAAAACAUCAGAGUCCAAAAGCAAGAAUAUAACUUCAUCGGUUCGUAGCAUGUCAAAGUCUGCUGCCACAAUUCCACAGCCACGUACGGUAACCAAACAAACAGCUAAUGGACGAGGAUCCACAAACAUAAAGCGAGGGCUAGUCAGGACCAGAGUUUUAUCUGGAAAUAAGCAAACCAGUGGAGACACUUCAACUCUAAAGUUGAACAGUAAUGUGGAUUCACGUGCACCUGACCAAACCGUGUCAAGCUCAUCCUUCUUGGAGGAUGGAGCCAGUAUGGAGAUAGAUGAACCACAAAACGAAACUUCAGAGAACGUAAAUAUUCAUAAUCCAUCAAUGGCCCAUCCAGAGUGCUCUAACGCAAGCAAAAGCAGCCAUCAAGUCACUGUGUCAAAUAAGCUACCACAAACCGCUUCCAUAGCUGUUAAUAAUUCCAUAAAUGAGACUGGGAGGAUAGCAGGAAUGAAUGGUGGACAUUCUGGAUCAAAUUUGGAUAUUACAGGAACCUCUGUAUAUACCAUCCAAAGUGAGGCUUUGCCCUCACUUCAUCUACCCCAACCUGACAUGGACAUAUCUGCCAGAAUGGCUUCACACACCUCUAACAAAACUUCUUUAACCACAACUUGCACAGAGCAAAAAGAUUUAACUCAGCCCAACCAUGUCAGGAGCAGUCCCACUUCAGCAUGUGCUUCAUCUGUAGCAACCAUUACUCCAUCUACCUCAGGUGUUUCUGAUUCCCAGGCCAAGGAACCUGACCCCGGUAAGAUUAUGUCUCUGAAAAUAAUCAUCAGUGAAGACCAGGAUGAGCAAUCCAAUGAUAUGGCAUUGAACCAGGCUGUUUCCAGCAUCACUGGUGACAGCAUCCCUACCAUCUUCCUGUCCUCCCCUGCCAAAUCUCCUGCCAAGAACCUGCUUACAUCAGUCAUAACGCAGGAGGAAACUGCCCAUGCUGUGAGCAGCUUGCAGGGGGUGGAGGGUGUUGUAUCAUUCGGAACACCUACAAUGAGUGUUCAGAGUAAAGCACAGACUACCCCGGCACGUCCCUCAGGUCAGGAAACUGGUUUUAUUCAGCUUUUGCCUGCUAAUCCCACCUUUGGGUCAUCAGGCGGCUAUUUUGUUGUAACCAAUCCGGCUGUCGGUGAGCAGCGGACGAAUGUAGUGCUGCUUCCGAGUAACUUGCCUCAAGGGACUGUGUCUUCUACACCACAUGUGCUAGCAACACCACCUCGCCAGAGGACUGUUGUGUCCAUGGGUCCAAAUGUCUCUCAGUCCUUCUCGCCUGGAUCCACAAUCAUUAUAUCUUCACCAGUUCAGCCCAUGUUACAAAAUGUGAUGGUUCCAGUUUCAGUGAUGGGGCAAAAUACUGGAAAACUCACAGUCCUUCCCAAUCAGAUGUUGACUUUGCCUUGUUCAACCACUGUAAGGCAACCAGCAAAAGUUAUGUCUCAACCUAAAUUGGCACCUAAGGAAAACACUGACACAGGCAACCCGUGCACAUCUGGAUCAAGCCAAGUUUCAAAAGUGCUUUCCCAGACCUCUCAGAACACUGACCUUCAAAAGAGUGGCAGUGCAACAAGCCCCAGCCAUCGAAGGAUACUUUGCUUUGAUGUCACACCUGAAAACACAGCAGCUGGCCAGAGUUCUACACAGACAAGCACUUUAACAUCUUCUGUUACCUUAUCUUCCCCACCUCAGCAGGGUGAUAAGGAAAUCAAACGGACUGAACAGAACCCGCUUUUAAUUUCUGACGCCAGUAAAAGAUGGUUAGAAACGAUUAGGCUGCCUCAAAUAAAUCACAGUGCAGGUAUAAAGGACUCUGAAAAAGCCACCAUACCUCAACAACAAAAAGAAGCCCAGAAAAGUACAGUGUCUGAAAAGGGAACGGAUCUUACUGCUGUAAGUACAAAGUCUUCCAACAAAGCUCCCACUGAGUCUUUCAUUAGAUCAGAAUCACCGAAAAAAUCACAAGUAUCGGGCAAGGUUGAUGCUGCACAGAGCAUGAAGUCAUCUGGCCAGGGGCAAAAGCAGAAACCACUAAGCAACACCAAGGAUAGUACACAAGAAGAGUCUCAUGAAAGGAGGUUUUCAAAACCAGCAGAGAGUUCCUCAGAGAAGGUCUCCUCAAAAGACUCUCCUGGUGUCACUGCAAACAAGGAAAAUGAGUUGGAGGGCCAGCCGCAAGAGCAGCUUCAGACAACUGCACACCCUCCAACUGAAGAUCUUGUAUCUUCUACGGUUACAUCUGCAGCACCCAUAUCAAGCACUCCCAAUAGACCCUUAUAUAAGAUGAGCCCACUGACUAAACCUGCCGUGGAGAUGCUGCAGGACAUACAGUGUCAGGCUUCCGAAGCUACUCCACCAAAGAGGCAGGGGGCCAGUUGUUCAGAUCUCCCAAUCCCAAAAACACCUGGACAAGGGCAUCUGGAAGUGGAUCUAACAGAUGGAUUGAGAACCCCGUCUCGACAGAAGCUCAUACGGGAGGGUGAAAGUACGCCAAGGUGCCUCCCACUUCCUGUCACACCAGAUAUCCCCUCCUGCAGUCCUGCCAGUGAGGCGGGCAGUGAGAACAGCAUUAACAUGGCCGCCCACACCCUCAUGAUCCUGUCUCGUGCUGCCAGGAAAGGAGGUCCUCUGAAAGAUAGCUUGCGUCAGGAGGAGGCCAGUGCUGGAAAAUCUUCUGCCCCUAAAGGAAAGAAGCGGAAGCACAUGGAAUCAAGUCCUCCUGCAAAGAAAGAGUUGCAGCUUUCUGGCUCCUUGGGCAGUAAAAAGAAAUUGAAGAAACAGAAAAAGCUGUUGGACUCUUUUCCAGAUGACUUGGAUGUGGAUAAAUUUCUGUCAUCCCUGCACUAUGAUGAGUAAUGAAGCUAAGAGAGAGCUGCCUCCAUUUCAGGGACAUAUCAAGCCAUGUGAGCUACUGAGAGUGAUAAAACAGAGAGAUACCAUCUAUUCAGAAGAAACCAAUCCUGAAUAGCUACAUUCUGUUUUUACUCAUAUAAUGUGACAUUGUAAAUAAACACCAUAUUUACUUACCUAAUAAUCAUAUUCAUAUUGAAAGUGUUGCCUUUCAACAUGCUGAUAAACAGUCAUAGACUGAUUUAACACUCUUCACAAUAAAUAAAAAAAGGAAAUAAUUGAAAACAAACUGUAAUGUUCACUGUAUAUGUGAAGAGUGUCUGAUCAGCUGCUACAUUGCAACAGCUGUUAUUCAGUUCAUUGCCUCCUUUUCCAUUCAUUGGAAUGUGUCCAAAUAAUGUUCUUUGUAUAGCUUCUAGGUGGAAGGAGAUACUUUUU